GUCAGCUGUUCUUGUUUUGCUUCUUUACCCCUUGUUUUCUUCCAGGGUUGGAGAUUCCAGCUCUAAAACAAUCACACCGCUACUGAAUUUGAAUUCAUUUCUAGCGGAGAACCCGCCGGCUCUGCCUCCGGAGCUCUUCACACACCGCGCGCCCCACAUUUCUCCCAAAUUGGAGCCGUCUUCCGCCGACAUCGAACGAAGAGGUGCAGCCGAUCCCAGGCCUCCAAUCCAGGGCGGAGGGAGGGAAGGAGGUCGCUGGGAAUCGGGAUGGAGACCGGAGAGCAAUCCGCCGGGCCGGGCGGAUCGAACGGACCGGGGCUCCGGUUUGGCUGCGCCUCUUUCAACCAAGACUCCACGUCACUGGCUUUGGGAACAAAGACCGGCUACAAGCUGUUUUCUCUGACCAUGGUGGAAAAACUGGACUGUAUUCACGAGAGUGCAGAGGCUCCAGAUAUCUACAUCGUGGAGCGUCUGUUCUCCAGCAGUCUGGUAGUCGUGGUGAGCACCUCCAUGCCGCAGCGCAUGAACAUCUACCACUUCAAGAAGGGGACGGAGAUCUGCAACUACAGCUACCCCAACAACAUCCUGGCUGUCAAGCUCAACAGACAGAGGCUCGUGGUGUGUCUUGAAGAGUCCAUUUAUAUCCACAACAUCAAAGACAUGAAGCUGCUCAAGACUCUGCUCAACACUCCAUCCAACCCAACAGGUCUCUGCGCUCUUUCUAUCAGCCAUUCCAACUCCUACCUGGCGUACCCUGGCAGUGCCACUAUUGGGGAGAUCAUAGUGUACGACGCCAACAAUUUGAACACAUUGACAAUGAUCCCGGCUCACGACAGUCCACUGGCAGCUCUCACCUUCAACGCCUCAGCCACCAAACUUGCCAGUGCGUCAGAGAGGGGCACCGUCAUCCGAGUCUUCUCCGUUCCUGAGGGCCUGCGUCUGUUUGAGUUCCGCCGGGGGAUGAAGAGGUACGUCAAUAUAAGCUCGUUAUCCUUCAGCCCUGAUGGCCAGUUUCUCUGUGCAUCCAGCAACACAGAGACCGUGCAUAUCUUUAAACUGGAACAACUGGGACCUAGUGGAGGGGAAGAGGCUGCCACCUGGACAGCCUACGUGGGGAAGAUGUUCUCAGCAGCCAGCAGCUAUUUCCCUGCUCAGGUAUCCGGCAUGAUGAGUCAGGACCGGGCCUUCGCCACCGUUCACCUCCUCACGUCCGGUCAGAGGAACAUCUGCACUCUGGCUAUGAUCCAGAAGCUCCCACGGCUGCUGGUGGCCACAGCUGACGGCCAGCUAUUUAUCUACAAUGUUGAUCCUCUGGAUGGAGGCGAGUGCAUGUUGGCUCACAAACACAGGCUUUUUGGUGUUGAUGAUGACCAGUGUGAAGAAGCAGAGUCAGAAGGGUCAGAGGUCACAGGGCCAGCACAGGCUUGUCCAUCCUACGCUGCAACCGCUGCCUUACCAGCCUCUGGUCCCAUCACUGCAACCCUCACAGGCUACUCUGAAGACGGCGGAGCAAAGAAAGGCGAAGUCAUUCCAGAACACGAGUUCGCUGCCGGACCCGUGUGUCUAGACGACGAGAACGAGUUUCCCCCUGUGAGCAUCCAGAAGCGCUAAGUGUCAGCUAUAGCUAGCUCCCCUACAACAGAUUAAUUGGUGCCGCGACGGGACUGGAGGUGGCCAGGCGAGGCGCUCGUGAGUGGGUAGAAGGACAGAUGGACAAACAGACAGGUGCUGAAAAGUGAGAUGAGCAGCAAAAAAAAAAGUUUUUCAGGGUGCCAAGUUAUUUUUUCAGUCAGAGAGAAAAUAACACUGAUUAACAUUCAAGUUGAAGUGGGAAACAAAACACUGACCAAGAAGUAGAUGUCAUGUAGUCAUUUCAGAGAGAACCAUAAUCUGGUCCUCAUGUUACGUAAUGGUUGUGUUAAAGGUACUCUUCUGAUUUGGUCACAGCACCAGUAGUACCUCUGAAAAUCCUUCCAGCUUACUGUUGAGUUUCGAAACAUCAACUGAACUGAGGGGACAUUUCUGAACUUGUAGAUGCUGUUGGCUACUUAAAAAAAAUCAGGGAGUUUAUCUUUAAGGAGUGUUUUAUGAAAGUAUGACAUGCAUGCUGGAGCAGAAAUAUAACCACAGUUUUCAUUAGCUUUAUUACUUGACAUUAAGUUGCAUUAUUGUAGCAACAUUUUAUUUUUCUCAUUAAUAAUACCUUAGUUUACAUCUAUGAUAAAGAACUGAAUUGUUUUAAUGUUUAUUCUGUAUUGUAUUUUACUGCGUUAACAUGUAUGAAAUGUGUCUGUGUAUGCGUCCUGGAUAUAUUUCAGAAGGUGUGUAUGUACUGUUAUUUGUGCCUAUUAUCAUUUGUAAAACAGCAAAUUAUUCUGCUAAUUGCACAAGACCAAAACAAGUGACAAAAACAAAGAAAUAAACACAUAGUGGAGUAAGAAUGGACCUAUGCAAAGCAAA